AUGUCGACUCAAACCGCUCCGGUCAUCCCCCCUCGACCGGCUCGAUCUCCCCAACCAUCGUCAUCGUUAGAAAUGCCCAGAAUACCGCCACGCCCGGGAAAUCGCCGCAAUGAUCGUUCGGAUUCGCCCGUGCGUGAUAGCUAUGCUCCCUCCCCGUUCAAUGAAUGGAAUGGCCCUGGAAUAAGUCGUACCAUCUCGAAUGACCUGCCCCCACGCCCUCCUAGUGUCACAAUACCGUCUCUCGGCGAGGAAGGCAUCGAAUAUGCGGACCUAGACCCGGGAAACAUGCCGGAUACCCAUCAUCAGAUCCCCGCGGAGACUCGCAAUGUUAGCAGUGAUCUCAAGAUCCAUGCCCCGAGACCUUCGUUGCCUACAUCAAGUGCUGAAGCAAAAGUGCAGCCUGUCACCCGUACCGAUUCCCGGCAGGCUGCUGCCGCAGGACUGGGCCGUGGUGUUUCGCCUGGUCGCGAGGAACAAGAACGCUCAAGUCGCUCACUACAUUCCCGGGCGAGCGGCUCGCGAGCCGAAUCAUCCACUGCUUCCAAUGAUCGUCGACAAUCUGCUCAGUUUGGAGAGGAAUCCGGUUUCCGAGUGCCCAUGUAUCCCCAUGCCGGUGACGUUCAAGCACCAUCCCCAAGCCCGUACCUCGACCAAGGCUCCCAGCGCUCGGGCCGUAACCACAAUCGCACUCGUAGUGCUCGUGAUUCUUCCCUCCCCCCGUUUGAGAAGGCUUGGUAUGAAAAACAUCCGGAUGAAUUUGCGAAGGAAGAAGGACAAUAUGGCCCUGGUGUUGGCACUCCGCGUCCCGAUUGGGCAAUGAGCAGUGACGAUCUGAACAAGAUUGUUCGCAGCUCCGCCCAGACUGGUUCUGGUCUUGGCACUUCCCCAACAGUCGUGGGAACCCCCGAAGAGGAGGUCGGCUACAUGGCCUCCGACGAGUACAUGCAACGCAUCGCGUCUCCGCCGCUUGAAUCUCGACAUGAAACCCAACCGACCACCGAGUCGCCACUUCGACAAAUGAGUUUCCCCUCAGAAGGUGUGCAGGAGCAGCCAAUUCCAAGCCCGCUGCAUCACAACAGAUCCGACUCGCACGGACACAUUGAGGGUGGUGUGAUCCAUGUGGACGAUCCGAUGCAUCCUUUACAUCACCCGGACGGGUUUGCCCCAACCCCAAUAGUGGAAGAGCGCGAACCAACAUUCGAGAAAGAAUACAUGGAACAACCCAUCUUGGCUGCUGAUGAACGGCGCCCCGAGUCAGCCUACUUACAUCCCGCCGUCUCACCGACAUUCGAUCGCCAUGGGAGCUUUGAGGAUGAUAGCCGCAGUCGGACCCCUAGUGUGACGCAUAGUCGUUCUAACAGUCGAUCAGCUAGCGUACAGGGACAAUUCCCGGUGUUGACUCGCUAUGACUCGCGGGACGAUACGCACACACCUCUUGAAGAUGUUGAGGAAUAUGAGCCCUUGUUCCCUGAAGAGGAUGCCAAGAAAGAGAAAACUGUGUCAGCUGCGGAUCGUUUCAAGAAAAGGCCAGACACACUCAAGCAUAGAUUCCCCAGUCAGGAUAUUUGGGAGGACACCCCCAACAGUCUGCAGCUUCAUGCCACAGUGACCACUCCCGAUUUGCCUAAGCGGGACUCUUCCGAGUCAUUCGAAACCCCCGAGCAAGAGGCCACUCGCAGGAUGCAAACCACCAAGGUCGACUCACAUCAAGUGGCCGCUCAUAUCCUUGAAGGUGAAAGUACCAAGGAAAAGGCCCCCGUGCGCCCAGACACAUUCAAACAACGUUUCCCUAGUAGAGAUAUCUGGGAAGAUGCACCCGAUAGUCACCACCUGGUGACCACUGUCCAACCGGCGAAGGAAGAAGUGAAGAGCCCAGAAGUCCCCUCUAGGCCUGGAAUUCCCCCACGCCCACAGAAACAGCCCCAGUCUAUCUCGCCAACCGAAAAGCGCCAGCCACCUACAAUUCCCGACAGACCCAAGCCCCAGGUCCCUAAUCGCCCCGUCAAACCCAGUUUCCAGACCUCACAAAACACGGCCGAAGUUUCAAGAGAGGCACCUCCAGUCAAGGCCAAGCCUGCAAUCCCUACUCGCCCCGUUGGAAGCAAAAUCGCAGCUUUGAAGGCGGGCUUCCUCACUGAUUUGAACUCACGUUUGCAGCUGGGUCCACAGCAGCCGAAGCCUCAAGAAAAGGUGCCCGAGGCUCCGGUCGAGAAACAACCUCUCAGCGAUGCUCGCAAGGGAAGAGCCCGUGGCCCAGCACGACGAAAACCCGCCGUCGAGAAGACCGGUCCCAAACUCCCGACCAUUCCUGAAAUUAGGAUGACGGAAUCUUUGAAUAUUUGGCAUGUUGGCCAGGAUGGCAACCUGAUUAUCGGAACCAAUCACAUGGCUGAAAAGCCACCUGUUGCGGUGCGAGAACCAUCAAUUCCUGCAGAAAAGCCAAUGGCACCUCCAAUUGCCAAGAAUCUCGCCGGAGAAUCUGUAGAUUCAGCCCUUGAAGCUCCUGUUGCGGAGGACAUGACCCUUUCCGAGACCAUAUCCACGGAGGUCCCUCCUAUCCAAACCUCGAUCGAGGCGUCAGAACAGGUUUCGGAACCAGCCGAAGUGUCUCCGGUGGUCAAGACACCUGUAUCAGAGCAUGAGGAAGAAGGAAGUGCGAUUGAGACCAAGGCCGCUGAACCCGGACCUGAACCUGUCGCCGAGGCGACAACUGAAUUUGUCCCAACUCCAUCUAAACUGGAUGACACCAUUGAGAGCAUGGCUGCAUCGGCUGAUGGCAAGAGGAAGUCGGACGGCAACAUUCACUCUGAGCAAUAG